AUGCAAGACCAGGACCAGUAUGUGGAUGUCGACAACGAACUACGCUUGAAGGAGAUUAGUCGACGAUCAGCAUGCGAUCGAUGUAGAAGGAUGAAGACACGCUGCGAUCGGGGCAGCAACUGGGAUCUUGUUCAACUACAACAGUGUCGUCGAUGCUGGCAAGCACGAGUGAAGUGCAUCACGACCAUGGAGGGUCAGCAACAUCUAAACAGACCGUCAGAUGAGCCAACUCACAGGCACUGGAAACAAUUCAGGACCCCUUCUUAUUCAUCGAGCAGCAGCUAUCAAGUUUCUGAAGCUGUUCAAGAUGCAGCCGGGCAGCAUUCAAAUCCAUCAGCCGAACAGAGUCGAGGGCAAUUUACCGCCGAUGUUCCCCCAUCAUAUCCCACGGCAGCAGACACAAGAUCCGACUAUGACAUAUGGUCAACAUAUGAUAUCGAUCACUCAUGGCGAGAUUUAGGCGAUGGUCUAGAUCAAGAAGGAAACUCGACACAUACAAGGCUUGCCGCUAUCUCGCCUACAAACAAGGCAUUGCAAAACCCAACUCCAUCAAUCGACAUGAUCGACUCAUCCACAAAUGUGCAAAACCUUCUUACUGCUUCCCAAUUCAACCAUACAUCACAAGAGUGUCGUGAUCUAUUCCUUCACGACUCGUCUAUCUCUCUAGAGUCCGAAUCUCUUGACAAAACCAUCAUGAGCGAACUGAUGAAGUUCAACAACAGAGUGUCGCUCGACCUUCAAGACAGCACAGAAGCUUCUCAACACGCCACCAACAGCAAAAGCGUAUUGGUCAAAACGUUUCAACACUCAAUCGUAUUCACAGAACUGCUGUCACGCAUCCGGCAAGUAGGAGAUAUUUCAGACGGCAGUUCCUCUGGUUCCGAGAGCGCCGAUUUGCGCUACGGAUGCAGUGCAUCCGAGCCCUACAACAAAGUAGACACCGACCUGGCCCUCCAACUCCUAUCCUGCAACAUGAACGUAAACAACAUGUACAAGCGCCUCUACAUGGAGCUCCGGACGCGCAACUGGGAAAUCGGAAAUGCACACGUUCUUCCGACCCUAUCGCUCGAGGGUCUGCAGAGCCUCGACGUCGUGAUGCGCAAUCAGGUUCUGUUGCACGUUUGUCUGCUGAACUUUGCAAAGAUACAGAGCGAGUUUGAGGUGAUUAGGAGUAGGGGUUACCUGACGCCUACGGCGGAGAAGACGUUUCAGAUUGUGAUUGGGGCGAGUAGGAAGAGGGCUUUGAGCGAUGGGUUGGGGAUAGAGCAGAGUCUAGAGAACUUUAGGCAGAUGCUUGUUGAUGGAGGGGUUUUGUCGCUUUGA